GACAGACUCUCGUGCGCGCGCAGCCCGCGACAGGUCUGGAAGUGCAAGGAGGAGGCAGGAAAACGCUGUUGGAGCGGGGAAUGAUGGCGGUGAGAAAGAAGGCACAAGUUUAAUGCUGUAAAACGGGGACAUUGUGGGCCAACUUUCGGCGUCUAACACGAUGCAGCGAGUAGGAGAUGACUUCGCUGAGAGUGUUUAGUUAAGACCACUGUGCUACAAAGAAGCUACGCCGGACCCAUGGCACCACUUGCGUAAAGCUAUAGUUCACCAACAAAACAACAACAGGCUCUCCAAAACCGGCUUUUCUAAUUGGGCUGCAAUCACAAACAAAAGGCAAACAUGAUCAAAGCGGAAAGCAAAGGAGGCGAGAGGACCCUAAGGAGCGCUUCCCCUCACAGAAAUGCAUACAAGUCUGACUUCCACACCAUUAAGUGCACUUUUGAUGGGUCGAAAUCCGAAGGCGACACCAAAUCAUAUGCAAAUGGCUCCAGUGACACCCGGGAGGACUCAAGAGGAAGACCUUUUGGCAACAGAGUGAACAAGAUAAAGAACAUCUUCCUACAGAUGGAUGGUCAGCAACAGGAGUGCCAAGAGGUGAAAGUGACUCCUAAGCCUGAUGUGGCCCCGGUGUCCCCAGUGGUCCCGGAAGCCCCGGUGUCCCCACCAAAGCUGCAACUUCCAGUCAGCCCUCCUCGAGCUAACCUCAACAGUGCCACAAGCCCAGAAUCACAACAUUUAGAUAAACCACCCAAGGGGGAAGAUGUUGAGAUUGACAAAGUGGCUUUGGCAGAGAAGUUUUCUUCGACCAGAAAACUCUUUGAAAGGGGCAUCAAAGAGCAGCCUGCAGCAGAAAAACAGUCACCAAGCAGGGUAGUAAAUCGCUUGUCCCUUGGAAGUGCCUCUGAUGAAGGGAAAAGCACAAGGAGAGUAUCAGGAUCGUCUGAGAUCAUUAUCAAAUCAGAGCAAACGCCAACAUCAACAGAUAAAUGUCAACUGGAGGGGAAAGUCAAUGGUGAGAAAAAGCAUGUAUCUAGAGUAUCAUUGAAUGCAGGACCCAUAUCCAAAAGGUUGGACAAUUACAUGGUAGAGAAUGACUUGGAUGAGACAAACACAGCUGCUGCUAAACAACACAGUACCACUGAACAUUUACUGUCUUCAUCUCCAACAAGGGACAACUCACAGAAAUCUACUUCAACGGUUAAAGAUGCCACUAACUCUACCCCUGUGACUGUUGCCACUAACAAAAAUACAUCCCAGACGACGUGUGUCACCAACAAAUCAACGGUUUUGGGGUCAAUAACCCCAGUUAGCCAUGGCUUCAAACGCUCCUCAUCAUCCAGUGAUGGAUUUAGUAGGGCAUCUGUUGGUGGGGAUGAAGGCAAGUCACAUAGUUCGCCCCCAGGGGAUGUUAAGCAACCUUCUCCAUCAGCUGUUGGGUUUCAGAACACCAACAGGGUUAAAUACCCUGAAAAAGCCAGAAGUAAUGACACUGUGGUAGAUAGUCCUGCCAGAGACAAGCCAUCCAGCCAGACCUCAGCCCUGGACUCCAGAGGGGUGGGGGUGGUACGGGCAGAACUGGUAGUAGUUCAGAAUGAGUCUUCAGAGAGUGAGGAGAAUGACGAUGAGAACGUUGAAGAUAAUGUAUUUGAGGAACAGAAGGUGCAAAGCCCCAAAGACAACCUUCUAACAGACAUGAAAAGAACAUCUUCACCAGAAAAACAGAACUGUAAAACUGCACGUGUCUUAGCGAGAGAAGUCUCUAAAGAGACACAAAGGAUAGAAGAGACUGUGGGUGAAGGAAGAGUCUUGGAGGACAGUGGGGGAAAAGGGUUGAAAAGGGAUAGACAGGAAGAAGAAGAUGAUGAUGAUAAUCAAGAGGAAGAUGAGGAGGUCGCAGAGGAGGAGAGUGAGCUGGAGGAGCAGGUGGGCCAGAGCAUCCUGGAUAGAGCCUCACCAGUAGUGUACGGUAUUGAGAAUGCAGCAUUUGUGGAUGACAGAGAUGUAGACCAGGUCCUCAGGGAAGAAGAAGAGGAAGAGGAGGAGGAUCAAAUGUAUGGGGAUUAUGACGACUGUUACGAGAUGAUGGGUCUGUCGGAUGAGGAGGAGCCUCCCCCAAAGAGGAAAAUCAACUUCUCUACAGGCCCCAUUCAGGUCUUCAGUACCUUUUCCAACGAGGACUAUGACCGGCGGAACGAUGAUGUGGAUCCAGUCGCAGCGUCUGCGGAGUACGAGCUGGAGAAGAGAGUGGAGAAGAUGGAUGUGUUCCCUGUGGAGAUUGAGAAAGCUCAACCAGGAAAUGAGCAGCUGGCUGAGAGCAGGCCAUGUGUCACCAUUCUGCUGCGUUGGAAGGAGGAGCCCUAUGAGGAGGAGGAGGAGGACGGAGUGGAGGAGAGGAUUCUGUGCUCCAGUUUCUCCCCAACAGAGAACGCAGAUCUGUAUGAGCUGCCUGAUUCAGAGGCUCUGUUUUUACCAAGCAACAUGGACAGCUCUCAGAUGGUCUUCAAGUUCAAAGAGCUGCAGCUCAAACACGGCAUUGUUGCAGCCGAAAUAAAUCAACUAAAGGAGAAGCUAAGGUUAUCUGGGGAGGACAGAUCCUUGUGGGAAGCCAGGGAGUCUGCACUGGAGCUAAAGAUGGAGGAAAGCAACAACAACACCCAGAAGUUUGAGACUUACUGGCUGGAAGCCCAGAGUCUGUGUAAAGUCGUAAAUGAACAAUUAGCUGAGACCCAGGCCCAGCAGGAGACUCUGGACAAGAAGUACAACAAGGCCAAGAAACUGCUCAAGGACUACCAGCAGAAAGAGAUAGACUUUGUGAAGAAAGAGGAGGAGCUGAAAAAAGUUCUAGAUGAAAAAGACAAGUGGUACAAGGAUCAGCUGGGGAGCUUACAGAACAGGAUAGCUCUCCUGGAGUCCGGCGUGGAGCGUCACAGUGGUCCGGGGUCAGGAGCAGAUGAGAGAUUGAUCGACCCAGACCCCGUCACCAACACACAGUCUGUUGACUCAAUACCAGAACAAGACUGGAGCGAGUGUGUUCCUGAGACUGAGCGCUUGGACACCAGUGCUCACAGAGCUAAGGGCCUGCUGGCUCAGAAGGCCAAACGUCAGCUGCCGUCUCGCAGCAAACUGAAGGAGAGCCUGGCAGGGGCUUCGGGUCACGCUCAGGACUCUGAAGAAGAUGAGGAUCAGGAGGAGCAGGAGUCUCCCAGGAGGAGGAGGUCCAUCCAGGAGAGCCUGUCCCUCCCCGUGCCUGUCUGCUAUCCUGGGAAUGGACAGAAAGGGGAUCCAGGAGAGAGAAGAGAUGGCUCCAGGAGUAAGGCUGAGCUCUCACAGGGAGAGAGUGCUGAGAGCAGCGGGAGUCCUUCUUUGUCCUCUCCAAAAGACAUCUCGUCCCCGCACUCCCCCUCUGGAUUAAUGCGGAAUGUUAAGAAAAGGGAACCGAAAGGGAAAAACAAAGACUCCAAAGAGGAUCUAAAUGAGGUCUCCUCAGCAGGGAAACCUAAAAGGAGAUUUCCAGAUUUUGGAGGCCUCCGGAAGUCGGGAGGCAAAGGGAAAAAACACGACAAGGAGGCGAUGAGAGCGUCUUUGGACAGCAGGGGAUCAGCAGAGAUCCUGGAGGAGUCUGGAGGAAACAUUUCUCCUGCAGACUCCAUGACGUCCAUCCCCACCUGCAUGCCCUUCUCCUGGUUUGGAGACAAAGACAGAGACAGAGAGCCCUCGUCCUCCAGCAGCAGUCUGCCGUACGCUGCCACCGAGACCAGCAGCGAGCAGAGCCAGGACCGCAAGAACAAGACAAAUCUCUCCUGGUCCUCUUUAUUCAGUCGCUCAUUAGAUUUGAGUUUUUCAGUCAUAGAUGAUUCUAGCGCUGCCAGUCCCAGUACAGAGCUCUCUGGGUUAGUCGCUGAACCCAAUCUGUCUGGGCGCUCACACACUUUAAUCUUCUCUUCCAGCGAGACUCUGGAUGAUGAACCAAUAACUACAGGGAAAGAGUAUCAGUGGCAGAACCGGCCCGUCUCUGAAUGGACCAAUCAGCAGGUCUGUCACUGGCUGAUGGGCAUGAAUAUGGACCAAUACACUCCUGAGUUCACAGCGAAGGGCGUGGACGGCCAGCAGCUCCUGAACCUGGACAGUGACAGGUUGAAGGCACUCGGUGUGUCGAGUCAGAGCGACCGUUCGAAUAUGAAGAAGAAGCUGAAGGACAUGCGCAAGGCCCAGGAGAAGAUGGAGAAACAGAAAGAGAAGAAAGAGAAGGAGGUGCGGCGCAGCGGGAAACUUCCAGUCAGUCCGGACUCUUCCUGCUGAGCCAGCAGAUCUGUUCUCUGAAUGAUGCAGCUCAUAAAGUUCCUCUCUACCCUGAGCAGCCCUCUUUAUUCUCCUGGUGCCGUGAUGUUCCCAUCACAGUGUGUCACUUCAACAGAACACCUGCAGGAGUGUAACCUGUCCCACUGAGAGACACGUCACUCUUCCUGUUCCUCCCCAUAACACACACAAACCAUUCUGACUGAAAGAUGGGGAAUGUCAAAAAACCUGGGUAUGUGACCAAAAAAAGAUCCUAACAUUUGUUACCACUAAAAAGCUAGAAGCUCUAAUUAUAAAGUCAGAUCUAAUGUAGUUGUUGAGAUCACGCACACAUUUACCAAUGGAAGUCAAAUGUAUACUGCUUUUUCAGCAUUUUAUAUUUUUGCUAGUAUAACUCACCUGUUUCCAUGAACUCUGCUGCAGGACCGGAUAUUGUACAGUACAGAUAAAAGCACUAUAUUUGUCUUUUUAAUCUUCAAUGAGCGACGAGGUUUUAAAUGUAUAAAAAAGUUUUAUACAUGUGCUUAUUAACUGCAUAUCAUUUUUUUACUUUACCAUCCCAUUGUACAUUUUUACUAUCUACAUUUUUCUACUAAGUAGAAUAGCUGUGGUGUUUGCUGAAUGAAAAGCAGCAAACAGAUCAGAUAUGGCCGAGGGGAGUUCUGCUUCUGUCCCCUGUGUGUGGAGGAUGGUACCAUGGCGCUCUGAGUAAACACACACAGCAUGCAGGUCUGCUACACACACACACACACACAGAGCGCCGCUCCAUCAGGCGGCAGGUGUGUCUACGACAAGGACUUUUGUGAGUCCAGAACUGCUUCCUUUCUUCUUCUCGCGCAUGACUCCAUGUUCUGUAUGCAAUACGACAUGUUGGACUACAAGAAAAUCCUGUUUUCCAACUUUUUCUAAAUCAGAGAAAUACUUGGUACAUACAGCAUCAAUAAACUAAUUUUCACUUUA